GGCAGGAUUCGUUCACAAGAGUCUCCGGCGCCCAUAGCGCAAGAGUUAACAGCAGCGGCGGCGAAAUUUGCCCAUUAAAGCUCCGCUGAUAGUUGGAGUUGCACGUGUGGAAUAGCGCCGCGGUGGCUCGGCAGAUAGAGUGCCCAUUUUUCUCAACUUCAUAAUUUUAAACUGUGGCCCGUCGUGGUAAUAAGAGAUUGUGUGUCAGUUCAUUUUUGUACCCUUUCUUCAGACAAGACUUUGUCGAGUGGAAAAAGUAAACCUUAAAUUUUUGAGGAUAAGAUUGAUACAGGACUUUUAUAUUGAAGACAAUCCAUUCAGUUUCUGUGCAGUUUUCAUCGUGGCGGGUGCUGUCCAGUUGGAAUGUGGUGUAGAGGUAGCGGGUGUGUAGUGGCUAGUAAACCCUCCAAUGGCGAGCCUCGGGUUUAAGCGCAACCCUAGUUUAGGGGAGGUCAAGAUCCCCCACCAGAGGGAGGCGCACUCCCCCGAGCUGCGAAUACCGUGUCCCGUCAAUCUAGUCAAUCAAGAUCACCACCCUGGUGUUGGCUAUCCUCAUUGUGAAGAGGACCAUAUUAAUCAUAACGCUGACAGGUAUCACGUCACGUACCCCACGUCGACGCUCCCCAACCGCAGCUGCAGCAGCAGUAGCAGCAUGCUGCGUCGGCCGCUUUCCGCCAAUCAGUUCGCCCAUUCCCAUUUCCAGCUGCGAAAGUCCAACACGAGGCAGUGCAGCUGGAAGUGCACAGCCUUGGCCUUCAUAUUCGUCACUGUAGCACUCACAGCCGCGCUUGCCUUCUUCCUAAUAUUACUGUCCCCGACGUGGCAACAGGAUGCCAACCAUGCCUGCCCGCUAGUAGAAGACGUUGAUCUUGUUGUAGAAUCUUCGAAAACAAAAGCCCCAGCAGCGACAGAGUCCCCCGCUUCGUUUAAACCCAGCAGUGCAUCUCUUAGCCCCUCCAUCCUCUCCUUCACGGAGCUAGUUCUGGGGCGUAGAAUUGAGUUUCAAGUGGCUCCCUACAGCCACUGGAUCGUCCAAAUGCGACAGAAAGGACCUUCUCUGGUACGCUUCAACUACACCUUGCCCUACGGUGCCCGUCUCGGAGUCUUUGGUAGGAGGAACCAGCUGCCGACGCAUACGCGGUACAGCUUCCUGGAGAUACUCACCACAGACGGAGCAAAACUUCUGCGUACAGAAAAGAGGUUGUACAGCGUCGAAUUCAUUCAGUUCUUGGAACGGGGAUUAUGGUACAUAUCGGCUUACAAUGAUGGGGAUCAAAUGCUCGACGUGUCCUUUGUUACGCAGAGCACAGACGAAUCCAGUCUUACAUGUCCUUACGACUGUCACGGUCAUGGACGAUGUGUUAUGGGUAACUGUGUUUGCAGUCCUGACUUUGCGGGAGAUUCUUGUGCUUAUCGAAUCUGUCCAGUGCUCUGCAGUAAUCGUGGUGAAUACAUAGGUGGAGAAUGCGUGUGCAGCCCAGGAUGGAAGGGGAAAGAAUGCCAGUUGAGGGAAUAUGAAUGCGAAAAGAUCGACUGUAACGGACAUGGAGAGUGCGUGGAAGGUGCGUGUAGAUGCUUUCCAGGUUACAAAGGACCUCACUGCCAAACAGUGGACUGUCUUGACCCAGACUGCUCGGAACACGGCGUUUGCGUAUCCGGUUUGUGUGUCUGCAGGAAAGGAUGGAAGGGCAAUGACUGUAGCGAACCGGACACGGACGCCCUGCGAUGUUUGCCGGACUGUUCAGGACAUGGGCAGUUCGAUCUCGAACUUCAGAAAUGCGUGUGCGAUGAGCAAUGGACUGGAUCUGACUGCUCACAAGAAAAGUGCGAUCUGGACUGUGGUUUCCAAGGCCACUGUGAGAAUGGCCAGUGCCUCUGUUCAGAGGGGUGGACGGGCGCGAAGUGUGACCAGAAGCUGUGCGACCCUCGCUGCAAGGACAACGGUCAGUGCAGGAACGGAACGUGCCUUUGCAUACAAGGGUGGAAUGGGAAGCAUUGCACCCUCGAAGGCUGUCCAAAAAAUUGUAACAACCACGGAGAGUGUGUCGUAGGAGAGGACGAGGAAUGGGUGUGCUUCUGUGAUCAACAUUGGGACGGACCUGACUGCUCGGUACCGUUGGAAAGAAAGUGCGAUGACAACGUCGACAAUGACAAUGAUGGUUUGGUCGACUGCAGUGACAGCGAAUGUUGCUUAGCAGAGAAAUGUCGCAAUCACACUCUGUGCCAAAAGUCCGCUGAUCCGCUAGAUAUCUUACUGAGGAAGCAACCGCCGGCCAUCACUGCUUCGUUCUUCGAGAGGAUGCAGUUCCUGAUUGAGGAAGAGUCCUUGAGGAAUGGAUCACCGAGGAAGAUAGCUAUUAAUGGCAGCAUGUUCUGGAAUCGCUACAAGAAAAGCCGAACUAGCGUCAUCAGAGGUCAAGUGGUUGGUCCCACUGGAAGUGGAAUUGUUGGUGUCCGAGUUGGAAUUGACCCAAAUUCUAAAACUGGAUCAAUCUUAACCCAGGAAAGCGGAUGGUUCGAUCUUCUUGUAAAUGGCGGUGGGGCUGUGAAACUUCAUUUCCAAAGGGAGCCCUUUCUCCCCCAGUCAGUCACGGUUAUGGUUCCCUGGAACGAAAUAGUGGUUGUGGAUAAAAUCACCCUUCAGUUGCAAGACAGGAGACAGAAGGCCCAGGAGGAAGACUCUAAAACCGUCACUUGUCCAGACCAUGAUUACGAUACCAUGAAGCCCGUUGUCUUGGCAACCUGGAAGCAUGGAUUUCAAGGUGGAUGUCCAGAGAGAAGUUCAGCUCUAGCUGAAUCGCAGGUAAUACAAGAGAGCCUCUUGAUUCCUGGUACAGAUCUUCAUCUUGUGUACCACAGUAGCAGAGCAGGUGGCUAUUUGUCCACCAUUCAGCUUCAGCUGACCCCAGACACCAUCCCCGCAGACCUCACACUGAUCCAUCUGCGAAUAUCUAUAGAAGGAAUCCUAUUUGAAAAGCUCUUCGAAGCGGAUCCGGCGGUGAAGUAUACGUAUGCGUGGAACAGGAGAAACGUUUACAGACAGAAAGUUUAUGGAGUCGCUACUGCAACAGUGUAUGUUGGAUACGAAUACAAGUCCUGUCCUAAAAUUAUUUGGGAAGUCCAAACAACUCAAGUCAGUGGUCAUGAUAUGAGUGUAUCCGAUAUUGGAGGGUGGAACUUGGAUAUACAUCAUAAGUACAAUUUUCAUGAAGGUAUUCUUCAAAAAGGAGAUGGUAACAACAUUUACUUAAAGAACAAGCCAAAGCUUCUAUUAACCACCAUGGGCGAUGGCCAACAAAGACCUCUACAAUGCCAGAGAUGCAAUGGUUUGGCGAAGGCUCAACGUCUUUUGGCACCCGUUGCACUCGCCAGUGGUCCUGAUGGCACCAUCUACGUCGGCGAUUUCAAUCUUAUUAGGAAAAUUACACCUGAUGGGCAAGUUGCUACUGUUGUUGAAUUAAGCCCAGCUCAAGUGUCAUACAGUUACCAUCUGACAGUAGGACCCGUGGAUGGUCAUUUAUACAUUUCCGAUCCAGAACAGCACCAAAUCCUUCGGACAAUCUCCAUUUCGGAAUCUGCGAACACUAAAAAUAAUACCGAGGCCGUUGUGGGAAGUGGAGAGAAGUGCCUGCCUCGAGACAAGGACCAGUGCGGAGAUGGUAGACCUGCUAAAGACGCCAGACUGGCCUACCCCAAGGGAAUUGCUAUCACUAAGGAUGGCGAAAUCUACAUCGCGGAUGGCACCAAUAUUCGAUUUGUUGAUACAAAAGGCAUCAUUCACACUCUCAUUGGCGAUUAUUUCCACAAGAGUUGGCGGCCCAUACCUUGCUACGUUACACUCAGCCUAUCUCAGGUGAACCUUCGAUGGCCAACAGAACUUUCUAUCAAUCCUUUGGACGGAUCUCUUCAUAUCUUAGAUGACCACCUGGUUCUCAGAGUCACUCCAGACAACCGUCUUAAAGUAGUGGUGGGCCGUCCCCUUCAAUGCCCUUCGGACCCUCGAGAAAAGAGUGAUUUGGCAACCGAUGUCUACUUAGAAUCGCCGCAAGGGAUCGCUUUUGCGCCAAAUGGAGACCUGUAUAUUGCAGAGAGUGAUUCGCAGACUGUCAAUAGAGUCAGGGUGGUUGGCAGUGACGGAAGGAUCUCAAGAUUUGCAGGAGCAGAAUCUAAAUGCAGCUGCCUGGAAGAAACCUGUUCGUGUUUCGAUGAAGAACAUGUUCUUGCUGCUACCACAAAACUCAGCACCAUCUCUUCAAUCACAGUCUCCCCAGACGGUUUGCUGCAUAUUUGUGAUCAAGGCAACCUCAGAAUAAGAUCUGUCACUGCCUCUCUGCCACAGUUAAAUGAUUUGAGUGAAUAUAAUAUCUAUUCACCUGAAUCUCAGGAGAUCUAUGUCUUCAACAGGCAUGGGCAGCAUAUAGCAACAAGAAACACUAUUAGCGGUAAAGAUGUGUACACCUUUUCAUAUAAUGUGAACACCAGUUUUGGCAAGCUAAGCACCGUGACAGAUGCCGCUGGUAACAAGAUCUACAUAUUAAGGGAUUAUAAUAACCAGGUGAACACCAUCGAAAACACGCAAGGUGGUAAAUGCCGUCUGGAAGUAUCUCGCAUGAUGAUGCUUCAGAGUUUCACCACCCCAUCCAACUUCAAAACCAUCUUCGACUACCACGGAAGCACCGGCCUCCUGCGUUCCAAAGAAGAUUCGACUGGGCGAUCUUAUCUGUACAACUUCGACGAGUAUGGCCGCUUGACGGAAGCGAUCACUCCUUCGGGGCAGGUGAUAAGACUGGAAUACAAUCUCAGCCUGAAAGGUGCUUCUGUUACCAUCACUCGGGAUGACAGGGACCCUAUGUCUCUACUCAUCAAGGGAUCGGAUGUCACCAUGAAGAUUGGUUCGACAGAGGAACGAAUCACUCAACAUCCCGAUGGCAGCUUGUCUAUCAUCCAAAGAGAUUCCAGCAAGUUGGACGUCGAGACUGUGCCUAAUCCAGUCUUGGGUAGCUCUAACCCAGUCUCUGGUGAGAUGUUCCCUGUUCCAUCAAGAAUGAGAAUGGCAUUCAGCGAUGACAACGUGCAGUACCUAGAAUGGCAUUAUUUCGUGCAUGCUGAUGGCAAGAAUGGUAACCGUAGAAUCACUCGAGUUGGUAGGAAGUUCAAGAGGAAUGGUGAAUUGAUCUUCAGCGUGGUCUUCGACCGUGACCAGAACUCGGAGAUCAUCUACGACCGCCACCAAGUACCUUUGGUGACAGCUACCUACGAUGUCAUGGCUCGAACGGUGCAAUGGCAAUCUCCUCAGAAUAUCACCCCUGUCAGGGUAGAGUUUGACCAGUUCGGGCGGCUAACCAAAUGGAUCAGAGGUCAUCUCACCAGAAACUAUGACUUUGACAUGCAGGGUAGAUUAGUGGAAGUGAGACAUUCGGAUAGCAAUGGCAUCAUGUACAAAUAUGAUAAAAAGAUGGUGGACAUGCCCAGCGAACUUAUACUCCCCAGUGGCAGCCGAUACCUCCUCCAAUACCACACAGCCGGGGGUCUGCAUACCAUUAUUACUCCCAACGGUCAUAAACACGAAGUGGCCAUGCAAACUUCUUUGGGCUUCUACAAGCUGCUCUAUCUCAGUCCAGGAUCCAAAUCGCCUUUUGUCAUGCAUUUCAACGACCAUGGCCAGCUAUUGGCUAAGAUGUAUCCCGAUCAUACUGGAAGAGUGGUAUAUGUUUACGAUUCCGGUGGAAGAAUUAAAGCAGAGUAUUGUGGAACGGAACGCACUGAAUUUUCAUACCUAGAUCACAAGACUUUGAUCAAGUCUUGGACAAAACUCACUCCGGACAUGGAAGUCAAAAGCGAGUUCAGGUACCAAGGAAUUCUGGUUCGAGAGGAACGCAUACGCUUCUCACUAGACAGCCAUUUCAGCAGCUUCAAAUACCGAUACAGAUACGAAGGUCAGGUCACAGUGGUCGAGGUGGAAACAGCUGGAAAAGUUCUCACCGAUUCCCGAUAUCGGUACACUGGACAAUCUGGAUCUCUGGAACAGGUACAACAGUUCCUCGUUCACCGGCCCAAGGUUCAUAACGUGUUUAUACAAGACGAGCAGCGGCACUUCAGCAAAACCAUUGGGCAUGAUUCGUACGGAUUCAUCUCCCUGCUGGCAGUCACCUUGUGGAAUAGGGAAGUUUAUUCCCUGUCAAUACAUUACGAUAACAGAGGCAGAGUGAAGCAGACACAGUCAAAGACUGACCAGGACACAGCCACAGAAACCACUGAAUAUUCAUAUACACAGGACGGAUAUUUAUCCGAGGUUUCUGGUAGGAGACGAUAUAGAUAUCUUUAUGAUGUCAAUGGCAAUAUGAACUCUAUAUGGAACGGCGACCGUCAAAUUACCUUAAAAUACGAUGAAGGCGAUCGCUUGAUAAGCUACGAUACGAACAUGCCUUACAUCAUAGAUUCCCGAGGCUUCAUUAUAUCAAGAGGACCAGAGAAGUUCACUUUCAAUGCUAAAUCUCAGCUUCUGAAUGCAAUUCUGCCAGGGCAUUAUGAUGUUACAUAUGUCUAUGACGUUUUGGAUAGACUGAUAGCAUGGAAGAAUGGCGACACCAACGUCACACAAUUCCUAUACACCAAUCCGAAGGACACAAAGCAAGUGACCCAUGUUUAUCUGAAAAGUUUGAAACUUACUUUAUCGUUGUUUUACGAUACUAAUGGACAUCUUAUUUACGUGGAAGACUCUUCUGCUAAUAAAUAUUUUGUUGCAAGUGAUCAUUUGGGCUCUCCAGUGGUUGUGUUCGAUUCCAAUGGGAAAGUAGUCAAGAAGAUUGUCAGGUCUCCUUUUGGUGAAACAAUAUCAGAUUCUAAUCCGGAAUUCUUGCUAUACAUUGAUUACUGGGGCGGAAUACGGGAUCCUUUCACAGGUCUCAUAUUCUUCGAAGGGAGAGCAUACCAGCCUGAAGUGGCUUCGUGGCUUUCACCAAGAUGGGAAGAGAUUGCCAGGGUUCUUCAUGCUCCCUACAAUAUUCAUAUGUACAGGUUUAAGAAUAACGAUCCUCUGAGUCCAGGCACAGUGGAUGAAGAUUUAAUGAUGGGUCUACCAAAAUGGCUGUCCUCUUUCGGUUACAACAUGGACUACUAUCUGAACAGCCCAUUCUCCCGCCGCAACGCCCUGCCCAGCCGAGUAGCCAUGAGACAGAGCCUUCCGGUCAUUUCUGGACUAAGCUGCGCAGCGGAAGUCGUUACGAAGCACUUUGCUGGGCUCAGUGCCGCUCCCUUGUCCACUGCCAAGUAUCAAUCCGAGUUGCAAGCGCAAUUUGCAAACCUACCUUCAGUUUUGGGUGACGGUCUUCUCAUGUCCACUAGCAGAGGUCGAGCUUACGUUCACGUCCUGAGUGACGCAAGCCCUAUCUUACGUGACGUCAUGACAGAAGUCCUAAAUGACACGGCUUUCGUGGAUGUUCGAUUCUCCCUCAACGGGCAGGACUCCUUCUAUCUGGUCCAACCAGACCAAAAGAGGGUUCAGGAAGACUGGGAUCAGCUGCAGAGACUCGGCACCAUGUUUAAUGUCACGAUGCAUGCGGGAGAUACGCAUGUGGACCUGAGACUAAGAAGCCCGGCAUUGCUGCUGAAUAUCAGAUAUGGAGGAAGCCCGAGUGAAGAGAAAAGACGUUUGGUGCAUCAUGCGAAACGCAAGGCCGUGGAAGAUGCAUGGGCAAGAGAGGCCGAAUUGGUUCGGAAAGGCUAUAAAGGUCGGCGAAAAUGGACCCCGGAGGAAAGAAGAGAACUAAUGGAGAAAGGGUCUGUGACUGGAUAUUAUGGAACAAGCGUGCACGUCACGGAUGUUUUCACGGACCUGGCAGAUGAUCCCACAGCUGUCACGUUCCACCCAUUAGAACCCGGUUCUCAGUACAGGGUCUGAAAACGAAUGGCAACAACUACCUGUUCGCCGAUUGAGAACUAAGUGGAUGGGGCUGUUCUGAAGAUAGUCCCUGUCCCUAGCUCCGUCCAAUCAACAGCCUCAUGUUCAAGCAUUGUGCAAUCACGGGACUUCGGUGCACGCAGCACACGUAUUACAAUGGACAAGAGAUAAUAGUGCCAAUACGAAAUGAGGUGCAGUGCCACCCGAUGCCACUAGGAAGGACUGAAAAUUGUGUUUCGUUUUCUUUUCUUCUCAUUUGCCCAUGGGAAUAUAUUCUACAGGCAAGGAGCCUGUAAAUGUUUUGCAAGACUAAAUCCUUUGGCUAAACUUUACAUCACUAGUCAACGGAAACCUCUAGAUUACAAAUUAAUCAAAAGUUCGUUAAUUUAUAAAUCUAUGUACCAUAUUUUUAGGCUUUGAAUAAGGGUAUUUAUUGUUUAAAUAAUUGCAAAUUUCCAAGAAAAACACAUGAAUAUCAUAUCUAUAAUUUAAGUAGCAAUGAAAAUACUGUUUAUUCCUGAUAUAUUUCAAAUUCUUCAAGAAAUAUCUGAAAUAUCAUAGAAUAAUUCCCUCUCCGUUUUGUUCUUACAGACAAUUAAAAAUUCCAGUAAAUAAUCAUGAAAAUGAGCAUAAAUUAUCUAUAAUAUAGAAAUAACAUAAACAAUAAAAAAUAAUUUUAGAAAUUUAAUUCGUAAUAUAUAUUCAAAUUAUCUCAUCAUAAUUCCGUAAUUACAGAUGGAAAAAUUAUUUUCAAAUACCUCAGCAAUAUGCUCAGUCUAAGUUCAACUGCAGCAUUUAAAUUAUUAUCGUUUUUUCUUUGUUAUAAAUAUCUUUUUCAAAAUAAAGUGUCGAAAAUCUAUGACAAAUUGAUAGUCAAACAAGUUAAUCUUUCCUGCCUUAAAUAAAUAAAUUGGAAUACUUUAUCUUCUGCAAUUUGACAGCAAAUACCUUUGAUCAAAGUUAAUUUAUCUAAUUUAAAUUUAUUAUGUAUUGUCAUCUAGAAAUGGCUAUUGAUACUUUUUCUUUAUUCAAGUUAGUAAAAAUUAUCUAUUUCAAAUAUAUAUUAAUUUCGAUUUAUUUAGAUAAUUUGAAAAAUUCCAACACAAAGGCAUUAUUUUUCUUGUCAUUUUCUCUGCAGCUUUCCUUAGCAUAGAAAAUUAUAUUUAUUUUGCGCAUAAUAAAGCAUAAGUGCUUUAAACAAACAGGGUAUAUGUAAACAAGAAAGCCUUAUCCUCAGAUAUGUAUUAACUUAAUUUAUCUAAAAAGAAUGUACAGCAAAAUAGAGUUGAAAUGAAAUUCUUUGAUUUUUCAUGAUAAUUUAUUAAAUUUAUUUUUUAUUGAAUGUAAAUAUUACUGGUUUGAAUCCAUCUAAAAAAAUACUGUAAUAAAUAGAGAAUAUUUAAACUACAUCUAUAUAAUAAUUUUAGAAAAAAAAGUCAAUAAAUUAAUGCAAUACUAUACAAUCUAUUUCAUCCAAAUUCAAUUAAAUCAAGUGAAGUCUAUCAAUCAUUAGUCGAAUUUCUGAAAUGUUAUUUAAGUAUACCUAUUGUGCAUCUAAAUUCGAUACUUCAAUAUUAGAAAUCUAUUUAAAUUUGUUAUAUAAAUAAAUUUUAGAUUCACUAUGAAUAAAAUCAAAAAAAUUUAAAUUAAAAAAUACAACAAAAUCCCUUUUUUUUCCCACAUAUUUAUAAACAUCACAGAGAAAUUAAAAAAUAUAUAUAAAAUCUUCCCCAACACAAUAUUUAUUCACAUAAAGCCAUUCUAAAGAACUGGCAAAUUGAUCAAAUUUAAUAUAUUAUGGACAAAACAAGAAUAUAACAAAAAGAAAGAAAAUUGAGAUGGUACAAACCAGUAAUUUUCAAAUGCCUUGCUUCUGAAGUUGCAGAGAAAUUAACCAUGGGUUUAAAUGUCAAAUCUUACUACUGUAAAGAUGUUUCUACAGUCAACUUUUCUAAGAUAUGCAUGUUCGCACAAAUGUAAACAUCUUUAAGUAUUACUUGUAAUUUUGUAUAAAAAAAAAUAUCCAUCUGAAGCGGUACUUGCUUUGAUAAGUGUGUAAAUAGAUCGCUUCAAACAGCGAAAACAAAUUCCUUCUUUUGAGAUAUAAAUGGAUACUGUGUAUCAAUUUGAAAUGACUCAUCAUGCAUUUACUGAAAAAACAAGGAAUACAACUUUAAAAGAAGCAGACGAUUUUUAAGCGAAGGAUAUGAACUUCUACUCGUCAUACGUAUGAAUUCUGGGAAAUGGUCUUCUGCGUUAGGAAAUAUUUCAAAAGGAAUGCAUUGAGUGUAUAUGGACAAGUACCGAUAUAUAAAUAUAUAUAUAGACUAUAUAUUAUAUUUUGUUUCUUAUUCGCACCACAAAUUUCGAAUUUUUUGUACAGCUUAACAAAUUUACCAAGAUGUCUCCACUGUUAAAAACUGAAAAGACAUUACCUAUUCAUGCUCAAAGGACUUGGAUUAGGGAGCCAUUUUUUAACUCCCCACACACCUUGCUGUUUCAUUCCGAACAAAUUACAAGUAUACGCAAAUGUGAUGAGUGAGACAUUUUAUUGUUUUCUGCAAGGAAGUCAUUGUGAUGUUCUGAUAAAUUUACCCGAUGGUAAAUAAUCCAUGUUAUUGACUUAUAACUGA